AUGGGAGAUCAUCGUCUGCCAUCUCACCACCAGCUAUUCGCGGCCCUUAUUCCGCCAUCGCCUCUCCCGGGAGUCCAUGCUGCAAGUGAUUUCACUGAUAACCCUGAUGCUGUCGAGUCGAUCAGAGAAACGCCAUCAUCUGCUGAAGAUGUGAACUGGCGCCGGCAAUUGUUGACUCUGCAUGUCAUCUUCCCAAGUCUCCUCUUGCCGGCCUUGGAUCUACUGGAUCGUGACCUGGUCACCCGUCUCUUGGUAGCAGACCAGUUACAAAAGGCACCCCAGGGAGCAGCACCAGCAUCAGUAUCUCCUGAUGAUAUCCUUAAGCACGAAGGAAUUGAGAAUACAAACGAACCGUCUGAAGACUAUAUCCCGGACAGCUUGCAAGCAAUGGACCACAAAGAUCAGAUAUGUAUGUACACCGUCCAGUCUGCCGUCUCUACUACAUCUCGGCGUAAACGACACACGCCGCAAACAACAAAGGUAUAUGCGGUGCAUCUUGACGCAUGGAGCUGUUCAUGUGGUGGAUUCGCCCUCGAUGCGUAUUCCCACUAUGAUGUGGUCAAUAGUAGCGAGAAACUUCAAAAUCCUCCACCGAAGGGAUUGUUCGGCAACCUGGGGCUGGAUAGAUUGACAUCACUCGAGGAUUUUCCGUGUUGUAAACACCUCCUCGCAUGCCUGUUGGCGGAGAAAUGGAGGAAGACUCCUGGAGGCCACGUCCAAGAUAGAUACACAACAAAAGAAGAGUUGGCUGGCAUAAUUGGAGGCCACUGA